UGGAGAUGAUUUAAUUGAUAUAUUUGGUAUUCCAUUUAGACAUCCUGAGAAAUAUGAAAAAGACAUUUUACAACAUGAACAAGAUUAUUCAGAAAAUGUAAUGUGGGCAAUUGGUAAUUUUACAAAUUAUGGUAAUACAACAAAAGAUUGGAAUAAAUUAAAUACUACUGAAUCUAAAGCUUUUGUAUUUAAUGGACAAUUAGGACAAACAAGAACAAGUCCACAAUAUAAAAAUGUCACACCGUCAACAUGUACUGAAUUUUAUAAGAUACUUGUUCAAUCCAUUCUACGGAAUGCCCUCUCAAAUAUGUUGAAAAUGGCAAAAAACAAUUUACCAAAGUAA